AUGAUUCACGCUCCACUUGUAAUCGCUGCAUCUGCAAUCGUGCCCAUUGACAUUUUCACGGACGGUUUGACUCGCUACACAUUGUGCAAAAAGUUGUCAUCCACUUUGCACGGAGAAAUAGCACUGUACCAAGUUGAGGAUUUGGGUAAAAAGCUCGUGGUGCUCAAGCGUGUGAGCGUCCCCCUUUUGCAGCAGCAGAGUCAACAUUCGAUCAUUAGGGAAAAUCCGUUGAGUGAACGUAUCGUCGUGCAGCUGUUGGAAGACCCUUUAACGGCACGUGCUCCUGGCCGCAAUUUUGUGGUGCAAUACAUGCGUGAAGGUUACUUCUCAUCUGGUGACAAUGUCUUUAUCGCGAUGGAGUUCUGUGCAGGUGGAGACCUUUACGACUACGUGGCGACUAAACCAGAUCGUCGCGUAACCGAGACUGAAGCACUUACGCUCUUUUCUCAACUUGCCAGGGGCCUAACUUUUCUUCACGCACUUGGCGUGGCCCAUCGAGACUUGUCUCUGGAGAAUAUCCUGCUUAAAGACGGUCAAGUGAAAAUAUGCGACUUUGGGCUGAGUACCGAUGCAAACAAAUUGUCGUCGGACGUCGUGGGCAAGUACUACUACAUGGCUCCAGAGAUGACCCAGGGAGCUGUGUACGAUCCCAAGAAGGCGGACAUGUGGUCACUCGGAGUACUGCUCUUCAUUUUGUUAACGGGAUCCCCACUCUUUGUUGACGAGGGACGUUACGCGCCGACGCUGCGGGUACUUAACAAGUACGGCGUGGCCAAGAUUCUAGAGCUCUGGGGCUUGGAGAAACUUAUCUCCAGACCCGUCAUCAAUCUGCUGUCCUGUAUGCUGCAGGUAGAUCCACAUAAUCGGCUUGGUGCCGAACAGGUGGCUCGUCAUCCGGCACUGGACCGGGUCAGCGUCCCCCAUACAUCAAAGGUAGCGCCGCCUGCUUGA